AUGUCGUCAGACACAAUGUAUUUCAAUAGGUCACGAAUGCUGCCUGCUCACAACAAAAACAAAUCACAUUUACCUCAACCUAGCCCCCUCUCCAUGAAAAGAUAUAAAUCUAAUAGAAAAUCAUUGGAAAUGAUGGGUAGGAGGUCUGAACGAGAGAGUAGGUCAUCAACUCCGACUCCAAUGGAUCUAAACUUACCAGAAAUACCAAAAUUACAGGUUUUACCUAAUGGUCAGAAACCAAAUUUUGGUAAUAGUAGCAACAAUAAUUAUCAUCAUCAUCACAACAAUAACAACAACAACAGCAGCAGCAACAACAAUAAUAGUAAUAAUAAUAAUCACCAUCAUCAUGGUAACAAUAGUCAUAGUCAUGGUCAUUCCCACAACCACAAUCAGAUUAAUAAAAAUAAUGAUUUAGCUACAACUCAAAACAAAAGUCACUCCAGAAAAAGGUCUUCAAGUGGUGGAAAAUCAUUUAAAAAGGAUAAAGAAACAGAUGUUGAUAAAAGAAAUAGAAACACCAAGAGAGAUUCACAUAAGAAAGCGGAUAAAACAAAUAUUGAAUCAGCUGAAGAUGUUACUAACCAAUUAAAGAAUCUUUUGAUUAAUAAUAAUAAUAACAAUAAUAAUAACAGUAAGAAAAAGAGCGGCGACAAUCUUAAAAAUAAUGUGACUGAUUUGAAAAAUAUGAGUCGAGUACAAAACAAUCCAUCCCCUUUAACCACCUUUCUAACAUCUCCAAUUAUUACUCCUGAAACUAUUCCACCCCAAUUAAAGAUAGAAAAUAACUCCAUUCUUGGUAAAACUCCAUUAUUAGUAUCUAUUCAGCAAACUACACAAACCAACAAUACAAAUACUCAACAACAACAACAAUCUAAUCACAAAAUACUUAAUAAUUCAAAGGUUGUUAAUCACGCAUCUAACAAUAUCGCUCCUUUACCCCUACAAUCUCUUCCCGCUCCUGUUCCUACACCUACAUCUAAUCCCACCACAUCCACUAUGAAUGCUAAUGGUAAUCCACCUUUACCAAUUUUGAAUGGUAUAGUACAUUCUCCAAUCAUGCAACCAUUGACUUCUUUCCAAGUACCUAAUAAUGUUCCACCACUCCCAUUUGGAAACAAUAAUAUGAAUUAUAGCAUUACUAAUGUCCCUUUACCUAUACCUCCCUUUAUGGCGCCACCACCAUCGGUGUCUCAUCAAAAUCCAUUGAAUUCUCCUAAUCUAUUGAAUGCAAGAGAUAGUAAUACCAAUGUUAAAAAUGUACUUAUCUCCCCCGAACUAAUAUUAAAUGAAGAUGUUAAAAAGACCUCAAAAAAAAGCUACAAUACCAGGACCAAUACUAUUACUAAUAAUAUUUUAAACAAACAUAGCAAAUGUACAGCUAAAAAAACUUCACAUACUUUUGCCGGUGCCUCUUUUGCUACUGAUAUUCCACAAGAAUGUAAUUUGCCCAAACCUAGCUUUUUAUGA